AUUCCAGCUGCGCUGUGGUUGCCAGAUAUGAGGAAACUUUAUGCACCACAACAAUAUUUCAGGUUUGGAUGGAGGCGUCUGAAUCUGGCAACCCUGUAGCGACACCACUUCAGAUCGUCCUCACUUCCCUCGAGUUUAUUAGCCAUAUCGACCUUUUUUUUUUCCAAAUUAUUAUUAUUAUUUUGACCAGUGCCUAAGUAUCUUUAGCAUUUUCACACAAAGCCAGUUUCACACGAACUGCUUCUAGAAAUAAUCUUGAGGCGUUGUAUUGGUAUCCAAUCAGCCAAUCAUGUGGCAGCACCACAAUGCAAAAAAAUCAUACAGAUGCAGGUCAAGAGCUUCAGACAUGCUUGCCGGCUGCUCAAACCUCAACCAUGAGGCAGAGGAGGAGGGAGGCAACCAGCAAAAUGACGUAUCUCCACAGGAUGCACAAGCACAGAAUACAGAAGACAGGGUCACUCUGCAGAGGAGGACUCUGAUAGUGGCAGCCACAGUCAGCAUCGUCAUUAUUCUCGCUCUGCUCGGUGGCGUCAUUAUCACUGCUUUUAGAUUAAUGGAAGUGAACAAUCAGCUUAACACAGGUGUGUCAGAUGUUCCUAAGGAGCUUCCAAGUCUGUCAAGAAAAGAAGGCAUUGUUCCAGAGGAAGUGUGGAGUUGGAUCGUAGCAGCUAAAGCUGAUAUGACUCUUAACCCUCGGUCGGCUCACUAUCUUCUCAGAGUGAGCAGUGAUGGUAAAAGUCUCUACCAAGCAUCCUUAAGCAGUCCUCCCAGUGUCCCAACGGACGAGACAUACCAGCAGUGUAUCUGUGUUUCAUCUACAAACCUGCUGAACACCAGGGCUUAUUUUGAACUUAAGGUGACGCAGAGUGUGCCGUGGACUCUGGGACUGCGUACUGAGUCUUUCAAUGCAGAUAGCACCCCUGAUAUAUAUCCUGAUAGUGGCAUAUGGACGAUUGCCUCAGCAGAGGGCAAAAUAAUAAUCAAUGAUGGUAAAGCCACUCCGACAUUGUACGUCACACCGGCCAAGCUUGGUCUGUAUUUGGACUACCCACGAGGUCAAGUGUCCUUCUACGAUUCGGUGGCUAAACGUCACCUACACACUUAUCUUACCACCUUUAAAGAAAAACUUCGUUUCUAUGCAGCUGUUCAGGUUGGAGAGACCCAACAGGUGUUCAUUUCAUUUGUUUAAUUUUGAUGUAGAGUCAGUUAGGUUCAGUGGACUAUUAAUAUACCUUAAUAAAUCAAAGCUGCUUUAUUGCCUCUAAUAUGUUUCUUUAUUUUAAACAUUUAUUAUGGAAAAUAACCCCAAGUAGAAUUAAAUAAA